ACGAUUUAUCGGAAAUGUUCGGAGUAUAUGUUUGUGUGCGUGUGUUAUCCGACAAAAAGAUCUUAAUAGACAGAUUAACUUUUUUUAUUGUUUUUGUUUCUUUUCUUUCCCAUACACUUUUCUUUUAGUUCUUAUAUUAUGAGUGUCAUUAUUUCACCCGAAGAGGUUGCAAAGCAUAACAAGAAAGAUGACGUUUGGCUUAUUAUCCACGGUAAAGUAUAUGAUCUUACCGAAUUCCUUCCUGAUCAUCCUGGAGGACAAAAGAUCAUUAUGAAGUAUGCCGGUAAAGAUGCUACCAAGGCGUUUGAACCAAUUCAUCCUCCUGACAUCAUCCAACGUUUCUUGUCUCCCAAGGUCUGUAUGGGCUCUGUUGACCUUGCCAAACUUUCAAAAGUGGUUGUCGAAGAGACAGAAGAAGAUAAAAAAGUAAGAUUGGCCCGAGAAAAUAUGCCUAGAUUAGAGGAGAUGUACAACUCUUUUGAUUUUGAAACUGUCGCUAGAUCUGUCUUAAAAUCCGACGCUUGGGCUUAUUAUUCCUCUGGAUCUGAUGACGAAAUCACGAUGAGAGAAAACCAUAGUGCCUUCCACCGUAUUUGGUUCCGUCCUCGUGUCAUGGUAAACGUAAAAGAUGUCGACACCUCUACUACUAUGUUGGGUUCACGUACUUCUCUACCUAUCUAUGUCACUGCCACUGCUCUUGGUAAAUUAGGUCACCCUGAGGGUGAAGUUGUCUUGACAAAGGCUUGUAAGUCUCGCGAUAUCAUUCAAAUGAUCCCCACUUUAGCCUCUUGUUCCUUUGAUGAAAUUGUAACCGCUGCCGGUCCUGAUCAAACACAAUGGUUACAACUUUAUGUCAACUCUAACCGUGAGGUAUCUGAGAAAUUUGUCAGACAUGCUGAGUCAAGAGGUAUGAAGGGGCUUUUCAUUACCGCCGAUGCCCCUCAAUUAGGUCAUCGUGAGAAGGACAUGAGACAAAAGUAUAUCCAAGAGGAACCUGAUGAGAUUGCCCGUAACUCAACUGCCGUUGUACGCGACCAAGGUGCUGCUAGAGCUAUCAGUCAGUUCAUCGACCCUUCUUUGUGUUGGGAUGAUAUCGCUUGGUUCAAGUCUAUCACAAAGAUGCCCAUUUUGAUCAAGGGUAUUCAAACUGCUGAAGAUGCAGUCUUGGCCGCUAGACAUGGUUGUAAGGGUGUUGUCUUGUCAAACCAUGGUGGUAGACAAUUGGAUUUUGCUCCUUCUGCUAUCGAGAUCUUGGCUGAGGUUAUGGAAGCCCUCAAGAGAGAGAAUUUAGAUCAAGGAUUUGAAGUUUACAUUGACGGUGGUAUCCGUCGUGGUAGUGACAUUUUUAAGGCAAUUGCUCUUGGUGCCACAGGUGUUGGUAUUGGUCGUCCCUUUUUGUAUGCCAUGUCCUCAUAUGGUGUAGAAGGUGUUGAGAGACUUAUGGGACUUUUCCAGGACGAAUUCGAAAUGGUGAUGCGAUUUAUGGGUGUUACAAAGAUUGCUGACAUUAAACCCGACAUGGUUGAUAUCCGUAACAUUAAGGAUCAUUUUGUAUCCAACCCCACAGAUUAUUUAUCCAAGAUUGCGUAUGAAAAAAUGCAGCCUAGACACAAUUCCAAGUUGUAAUAAAAGCGCUUUAGAACUUCUUGGGAUCUAUUAAUAAAUGGAAUGUAAAAGCAUACAUGAUAUGCUUCAUUUCAACAUGUACUUAAAAAAAAAGACAGGCACAAUAGAAAUGUAUUCCUGAUAAUGUAAUACACAAUUCGCA